AUGACGUUGGUUUUUGGACUUGGCUCACUUGGGUGUGUUAGAGCAUUAAUUGAUAUGCAUUACAAUUUGGUUAGAUUGAAUUUGGUACAAAAACAAAGGGCAAAUAAUAAACGACGCCGUCUCAGUGGUUUAUCCGCUGGUAAGAUAAAACAGAGGGAAAGAGUGUCAUCAGGUACUCUGGAUCUCCGACAAUGGAGCUACCUCUGCACAUGUCAGCAAUUCUUCCCAGAGAAAACUCCCCCACCCAUUACCGCCAUUCCACCUUCUUCACAACCCAAAACCACAACACUUCUCUCUUCCCCCAUUUCUCCAAAUACUCACAAUUCCAGGCAAAAAAUAGAAGAAAUUGGACCCCCAAAACUUGUAUUAGCCGCUACAAAUCAGCGUCUCAGGAUCACCGAACAAGAACAGUCCCAGGAGGAAGAGGAAGAAGAAGAAGAGGAAGAAGAUGCAGGGGAGGAGGAUGAGGAAGAAGAAGAGUACGAUUAUUCGGAGGACGAGUCUUCUUUGCUGUCUCUGAGUGAGAAGCCUGACAGAAACAUGGCUUUGCUCGAUGAGUACGAGAUGGAGGAGCACGAGUACGCCGCCGAUCCAAAUCAUCGGAGCGGGUAUGUGGCUGUGCUGGGGAAGCCGAAUGUGGGAAAGAGUACACUUUCGAAUCAAAUGGUUGGUCAGAAGUUGUCCAUUGUUACUGAUAAACCUCACACUACCCGGCAUCGAAUUCUCGGUGUAUGUUCUGGCACAGACUAUCAGAUGAUACUUUAUGACACACCGGGUGUUAUGGAGAAGAGAAUGCACAAGUUGGAUUCUAUGAUGAUGAAGAAUGUCCGGAGUGCUACAGUUAAUGCAGACUGUGUAGUUGUUCUUGUUGAUGCAUGUAAAGUGCCUGAAAAAAUUGAUGAAGUGUUGGAAGAAGGUGUGGGUAACCAGACGGAAAGCUUGCCGCCCAUUUUGCUGGUUAUGAAUAAGAAGGAUUUGAUUAAACCUGGUGAAAUUGCAAAGAAACUAGAGUGGUAUGAGAAAUUUACAAACGUUGACGAGGUCAUACCUGUGAGUGCCAAACUUGGACAGGGAGUGGAAGAUGUCAAGCAUUGGAUUUUAUCAAAACUUCCUUUUGGGCCAGCAUAUUAUCCGAAGGACAUUGUCAGUGAGCACCCAGAAAGAUUCUUUGUAUCUGAAAUUGUUCGAGAAAAGAUCUUUAUGCAAUACCGUAAAGAGAUUCCUUAUUCAUGUCAGGUGAAUGUCGUGAGCUACAAAACUAGGCCAAUGGCAAAAGAUUUUAUACAAGUGGAAAUUGUCGUUGAAAAAAACUCACAGAAGAUCAUUGUUAUUGGAAAAGAAGGGAGAGCUCUGAAACUACUUGCAACUGCUGCUCGACUCAACAUAGAAAACUUUUUGCAGAAGAAAGUUUUUCUAGAGGUUGUAGUGAAGGUUAAAGAGAAUUGGCGGCAAGACGAAGUUCUUCUGAAGAAUUAUGGCUAUGGGGGUCAAAUUCAAGCAUUUUGAUGUUGUGGCCUCUACAACCAGUCCGUAUCCAUUGGAGAACACAAGCGAGGAUGACCGUAUCAUUUAGGCUACACGAGUGCUGUCUUUGAGAUGGUUUUGAUGUCGUUGAUUAACAUAGAUACCUCCCGUUUCUUUUUGUUAGCUGGAUGGUAUAAUUGUGAUCUCACUGGGAAGAUAUUCUCAAGCAUUCUUCUAAGAGUUAGCAAUGGCAUUUUCCCAAAGCCAAAGGUUCUGUUACUUGUAGAA